AUGAGCCAUUUGCUGCUCUUCUUGCUUAUCAUCUAUCAAAUUAGGACCGUACUCCCUUGUGCACCGCCCGGAUUUGUUCAGUCGAAUGACCCCUCUCAAGUUGGUGCUCGAUGUUCGGACCUUAUCUUGUACCCCGUGUCAGCUGUAGAUCAAACUGAUCAAUAUAGAUUCGACUAUAGCGACGUCUCGUUUGGAAACACACAUGCUCAAGGGGCAACGGUUGCUAUAACAUGCACAACGGGAGGACAAGCCGCCACCGUUGAAGGAUAUGACCAGGCAAGUCGGGAGGAGGGUUGCCUAGGGACAUUCUCCGAUUUCGUAUAG